GACUGAAUGACAGGCGCGUAAGCAAGACAUUUCACUGCUUCUCCGCUUUGAAGAAGUUUUUUCUGUCCAACACGGUAAUUGUGUUCUUUCCACAUGGAGGAGGUCGAUGUUGAGCCCGCGGUCACUAAUAUACCAGCUGCAGGACAGGGCAAACAUCUGGGGUUUGCUUGGGGUCCUGGUGGCAUCCUUGUGUAUGAAACUCACCAUCAACCCAAAGAAGCCAAAGGUCCAGGAUCUCCAUACAUUCAUGAAGUGCGUAAAGACGAAGAUAUCUACUCUCCAAUUUUACGCAAGCUCUUCAAUGAAUCACACCAUAUUUUUGUUGGACUGCAAACUAUAAGAGAUGAACUUCCAAGCAAAAACAAGAAACCCCAAUUUGUGAGUGUCAGCAAAAAUUACAGAUCUAUCAUACGGGCCUGUAUGGAGGAGCUUCAGCAAGUUGCAGUUUCUUCACAAGAUGCUGAAGUGGCAUCACAAUAUGGAGAUCAGGUGUCAAUUCUAUUGGCCAUCGAGCUGAUUUGGAAUUUGUGUGAGGUGCUGUUUAUUGAUGCUGCUCCUGCAGGCUCCUUGUUGCUCCAUCUUCUUGACUGGGUCAGGCUGCACAAAGCUGAUGUUGAUGAGAAAACCAGAGAAGUUCUUCAAAGUGAAAGUCCAGCUGAACACCACAACUACUGGGAUGUUGUUGUGAGUUAUGUGCUGCAGGGAAGGUUGGAGGAAGCCAGGCAGAUGCUGGUGAAGCAGGCCAAUAUUCAACCGGCAGCCAGGAACAUGUACAAGCUAAUGGACACCCUACUUAGCAAAAUGCCCUUCUAUAAUCCAAGUGGCACGCAGACAUUGACAGAAUUUGAUGUGAAGUGGAGGCAUUGGCACGAGGAGGUCGACCGAUGCCUUCAGGACAACUCAUUUGCCAGCAGCCAACAUCUGGAGACUAUUUGCAAAAUUUUAGCAGGAGAUGAAGAUACUUUGUUGGAGCAGAAGGAUUUGCUCAGCACUUGGUAUCACUUUUUGGUCACUAGAUUGCUUUACUGCCAUCCCACUGUCAAGCCUACAGAGUUGCACUACUACGCACAGUCAUGUUUAACCAUGUUUUUGGAAACGAGCGCCCCAGAGCCUCUUGACAGCAUCUUAUUGGCUGCUUUUGAAUUUGACAUCCAUCAAGUCAUUAAAGAUUGCAGCAUUGCCCUGAACAACUGGUGGUUUGUGGCCCAUUUGACAGAUCUUCUAGAUCACUGCAAUCUUCUUCAGUCUCACAAUCUGCACUUUGGCUCCAACUUGAGGGAGUUCCUUCUCUUGGAAUAUGCCUCUGGGCUGUUUACUCAUCACAGCCUCUGGCAGUUGGCUGUGGACUACUUCGACCACUGCCCAGAGUUUGGUCAUGUUUACUUGGAGCUGCAGAUUGAGCGUGUGUCUUUAGACACUGAGCGUAAAGCCCUGAAGGUGCUCAGGAUCUGUGAACAGAGGCAAAUGUCAGAGCAAGUGCGCAGCAUCUGCAAGAUCAUGGCCAUGCGAGCACUUAAGAACAACCGACUCGGUUCUGCACUGUCCUGGAGUAUCCGGGCCAAGGACGCUGCUUUUGCUACACUCAUUUCAGAGAGGUUCUUGCAGGAUUACUGCUCCAAGGGAACAUUCUCCGAUCUGGAUCUGAUUGAUAAUUUGGGACCUGCAAUGCUUCUCAGUGACCGACUUACUUUUCUUGGAAAAUAUCGUGAGUUUCACAAGCUCUAUGGAGAGAAGAGAUUUACAGAGGCAGCUAAACUUCUGCUUUCUCUCAUGAUGGCAAAAAUUGCUCCUCGAAGCUUCUGGAUGACCCUGCUUACCGAUGCCCUGCCACUGCUUGAACAGAAAGAAGUGAUCUUUUCAGCUGAUCAAACAUAUGAGCUCAUGUGCUGUUUAGAGGAGCUCACAUCUUCUUUAAACAAGACUGCACCUAGCCCUGACCAGCCCAUGCAGGAUGAAGAUAUUGAAGUGACCAAAGUAGAGCUCCUACGACUGGCUUUAGCCAGAAAUCUAGCCAUGGCUAUUGUCAAAGAGGGAACAGUGGAGGCAUAAUGAUCA